AUGUACUACUCUCCACCUUCGCGGUCGUCGAGCCAGAGCUCACUGGACAGCAUCCAAACUGUACCGGUUCAACUCUUAGACGCGCGUUUCGUCGACUCCGACAAGCUUCGCCCUCGGCUCAACAAGAUAUUUGAGGGUCAGAACUACGGACUCGAACGGUCUCACGGGCAAUGGCGCAUCCUCGAUGCUCCCCCGCUCUCACAGCAAAACAAGUCAAGCUUGCUCCUAUGA